AUGUCUGCCAACCCCAACUCCAGGUUCGCUCCUCCGCCGAAGACUCAGGUCCAAGGACGGGAUUUGAGCUACAAGGAACAGCUCGACCAAGCCGCCCACGACGCCCGGGAACCCGAUGAAGAGCCGAAGCAGAACCCCAUCGUAGAAAAAGCCGCCGCCAAGAUCUUCGGCAACCCGCAAGAGGAAAAGGAGGAGAAGAUUUCGCGUCCCGGCAUCCCUGGCCCGCCGGAGCGGCCUUACGACGACGCCCAGGUCGAGGAAUUCAUCCGCCAGCAGCACCGCAGCAAGGGCAAGGACGGCGUGCUGGAAUGA